UAAGUUUCGUUUUCCUGAUGUCACUCUGCUGUUUACAUUUGGGGAAUUUACCUUGGGCUACCACGAUCAUUUUCCUCCGCUUAGAGUGGUUAUGGUUCUCUUUUGUCAUCAUUGUUUAACUUGCAUGUGGCAGAGGAAGCUGUUGUGAUAAUUGCUUGGUGAACGGUUGAGACUAUGACAGUGCCCCCCCAUAGUGUUGGGCUCGUGCAUUUCAGGGGAAAUGAAACUGAGGAAAUCAGUGACUAAUAGCGCUCGUCCUCUUGUGUUAGCGUGGCGUCUGCUCGAAUAGCACACCACUGUAACAUCAACAACACAUUUUUUAAUAACCGUGACCUGUCGCAUCGGCUUCAAAAUAAUCUCGUCUUCUUAUGUGCGAAAUUUAAACUGAAGAGCAAGUGUCAACUGAAGCCAAACGCAAGGCAGUUGGUGUUGUUUGCCUCGUCCUCGGGACUGCAAGGGACCUCUGACGCUUGUCAAAUCGAGUAAAGUAAAGAGUCAUGGCGCAGUGGGAGAAGUUGCAGCAACUGGACACUGCUUAUCAGCAGAGGGUGCACGAGCUGUAUGACCGAGAGGAGUUGCCUAUGGAUGUACGUCACUACCUCGCACCCUGGAUCGAGGCUCAGGAGUGGGACCGAGCGGUGUUGGACCCGGCCGUGGCCAUGUACCUCUAUCAGGUCCUCUUGGAGAACAUGGAUAACCAGUGCAGUCGCUUCAUCCAGGAGGGCAAACCAGAGAGAAUUCUGCUACAAUGCAACUUUCGCAGAUUCAAACAGAAUUUCCAGUGUUACGAGGAGAGGCCGGUCAUGUUGGCGCGCAUCAUCCAGUGGUUCCUAGCCAAGGAGAGGGAGAUUCUGCACAUGGCGGAGCUGCCAGAUCAGGUGGAGGCUCUGCAGGUGCAUCAGAGUGCCAUGGAGACAGACAGCCAGAGGCAGGUGCAGAAGAGGGUGGAGGAGGUGCGCAGCAAGGUGCAGGUUAUGGACCACACUCUGAAGUGCCUGGAGGAGCAGCAGGAUGAGUUUGACUUCAAAUAUCAGACACAUCUGAUGGAAGGAACCAUCAGCCAGGAAGACCAGAGAGGACUACAGACCAUGCUGAACCGACUGGACCAGUCCCGAAGGUCUCUGCUGGACACCUUGAAAGCGCUGCUGACGCUAACACAGGAAGUGAUGUCAGUGCUGCUGGAGGAGGAGCUUAUGCAGUGGAGGCGGAGACAGCAGAAGGCCUGCAUCGGCGCCCCAGAGGACGCCAGCCUGGAGACACUGGAGCAAUGGUUCACGUCUCUGGCGGAGGGCAUGUUCCAGGUUCGGGAGUUCCUUGCGAAGUUGGAGGAGCUGUCUGGGAAAGUCACUUACGACAGAGACCCCGUCAUCACCACCAAGCCACAGCUGCAGACACUGGCUGACAACAUACUCAUCACCCUGCUAAAGAGUGCGUUUGUGGUGGAGACGCAGCCCUCAAUCCCACAGGGGAAGGGCCCUCUGGUGCUGCGAACUAAUGUGCAGUUCUCUGUCAAAACCAGGUUCCUUGUGAAGAUUCCAGAGCUCAACCACUCGAUGCAGGUGGCCGUCACAAUGGACAAGGAUGCUCCACAGGUGAAGGGGUACCGCCGGUUCAACGUGCUGGGCACAUCCUCCAAGGCCAUGAACGUGACCGAGAGCAUGCAGGGGGGCAUGGUGGCCGACUUCAGACACCUGACACUGAAGGAGCAGAAAGCGGGAGGAGGAGGAAAAGGCAUCAGCGAUCUGAGUGUUACAGAAGAGCUCCAUGUUAUCCACUUUGAGACACAGUUUACCCUCCACGGCCUAUCUGUUAAACUGGAAACCUCCAGUCUGCCAGUGGUGGUGAUCUCCAAUGCCAGCCAACAGCAGAGUGCCUAUGCCUCUGUACUGUGGUUCAACAUGCUUUGCCAAGACAAUAAGAAUGUGCUGUUCUUCACAAACACGUCCCCGGCCCCGUGGCCGCAGGUGGGGGAGAUGCUGAGCUGGCAGUUCCUCUCUGCCGCCAGCAGGGGGCUGGACACAGACCAACUGGACACCAUCGCACACAAACUCUUUGGAAAGCAGCAGAGCUACGACAAUUGCACCAUCUCUUGGAACAGGUUUAGCAAGGAGAAUGUGUCAGACAACGGCUUCUCCCUGUGGGUGUGGCUGGACGGCAUCCUGACCCUGGUGAAGACCUACCUGGCUGACAUCUGGAGUGAUGGUUCUGUGGUAGGCUUCAUCAGUAAGGCGAGGGAGAGAAAUCUCCUUAAGAAGAAGAUGGACGGCACCUUCCUCCUCCGCUUCAGUGAGAGCAUCCGAGAUGGAGGCAUCACCUUCAGCUGGGUGGAGACAGACCUGAAAGGGAAGAGAGAUGUGCGCAGUGUUCAGCCCUUCUCCAAGCAGGACAUGGCCCAAAUCCCAUUUGUGGAAAUCAUCCGAAACUUCCAGCUCAUGGAAGCGGGGAACGUUCCAGAAUGCCCCCUGAAAUACCUCUACCCCGACACCCCCAAAGACCAGGCCUUCGGGAAGUACUACAACGAGAAGACUGGAGAGGAGAGCCCAUACUUCAAGUACAUCAAGACCAAGCUGAUGUUUGUAUCAAAAGAGAGCGGGUCUGAGGGCAAGCUCUCGCAACCAAUGAGCAAUCAGUGUUUGCAGCACUGCGAUGAGGUCACGGCUGCAGUGGAGCCUCUGGCCACAGGGGGCAGUAUUGACCCACUGCCCAAUGGGGACAACAUGGGGCACCUUCCCACGGAGAUCAGCAUGGAGCCCCUGGCCAAUGACAACUUGGGAACACUGGCCAACUGCAAUUUUGAGACCCUGGCCAGUGACAUCGUGAGCUCAGGGGACAGCAUUGGUCAGUUGUUCCUGCGUGACAACGGGGAGCAGGCUCUGCUGGGGACGGAAACUCCAGACCCCGAUGAUGACCUGCUGCAAAAGUUCCUCUCAGACCCCAACAUGCUGCAGGACAUGGGCUUCACAGGAGACAACAGCUUUUCAGGGGACAACAGCCUCCCUGGGAUCUUCACUGAUGAAAACAGCCUUCCUGCCUAUCUCACUGAGCUGUCGACAGCCUAAAACAUCAAGGACACCUACACACUAAUACUCAUACAUAUAUUGUACAUGUACAUUGAACACACGCACGUUCAUACAUGAACACAGUAUGUUCAUAGUAGACAGACAGACAGACAGACAGACAGACACACACACACACACAUACUGAGGGUUCUUUCUGAGCUUACAGCAUCUCCUCGUCAUAACUUCAAUAACCUACAUGUGGCAGUGAUCCACUUUAACUUCUAUAAGCAGCAUUUCCUUCAUAGUGACCCUCCCCACACAUAACCCCCCUCACAAUCAGACCAGUAGGAAAAACACAUUCUGCCACUGUAAGAGAAAAAAAAACCCUGUUUAUACUCAGAAACACAUUUUUAAUGUAUUCAUUUAAGUUAUUCAGGCAUUUCAAUAUAAUAGAGCCAAUAAAUGGACAAAAUAAAGAGAGAGAAAUUAUGGGGUAGAAUCUGAAAAUGAUCUUAUCCUGAAACUGACACUUUAUCAAAGUGCACUACUGUGCACAUUUCAGCAACUCGGGGGUGUGUUUCUCGAAAGCGUAGUUGUUAGUUAGUUAGCAACUUGGGUAGUUGCCAAUGGAAUGGAAAUUGCAUUGCGAACAACAAAGUAGCUAAUGAAAUUAGCAACUAUGGUUUUGAGAAAUGCACUCCAGAUUUGUUUUUUGUUUCCUCUGACAUGUCAGAGGGGCUGACUAAAGAUUACCUGACAUUGAUUGAUUUGGUUUGCUAAAUGCACACGGCCACUCAGGACUGAUUACUGGAAUAACAGUUCAGUCCCAUUUCAUGUUUAUUUAUGUUGCGAUCCCAUUAAUGUUAGGCCAUUCAAAAUACUUCAGCACCUUAGUGUGACUGCUUUUAGUACAAAUUCAGUUGCUCGUAUUUUUUGGCCCCGUUCUGUGUAUUGUAGUGCUUCACCAGCUAAAUGUUUUCUGUGUGUUGUCUCACUGGAUAGAUUACUGUAGGGCCAUUCAUGAGUCCCAGAUGGUCACAGCAGGAGUCCAUAAUGGUCUAUGACAUGGUGGGCAAAAUGUAUCUCUUGACAGGGCGCCCGCAAUUUCUUGUGGCCCCCAUUCCUCGGAAUACUUAAUCCCAAUUAUGUGAAGUACAGUAGUGACUUGCGUAGUUACCGUACAUCAGGAUGACUGGUAAGCCUUUUAAUAUACAGUACCAACUAAAAGGGAUUUAUUGUGUUGUACUGCGACCAAAUCAAAUCUCUAGGACUAUGAUCUCAAAUAGUCUCUAAUACAUAGUAGUCUCUUGCUUUGAGUUCACAGCCAUUUAAGGUACCAAUUUAAGUUGCUUUCUGGAAUAGCACAGUCAGAUAAUCUACUGUAUGUACAUUAUAACCUUCUUGCUGGAAGACCAAGCAUACUCUACUCACUCAGAUGUUACAGGAAAUACUGUCCCGCACACUUUCACAGCUUACAUAAACAGUGCCUAGGUCAUAUUACAGUACAUAAAAAGCAUAUUCAUUAAAUGGCUUUACAUCUUUAGACUUAGAAUCAAAACACUUCCAUAUUACUCAUUCUUCCAUAACUAGAAACUCUGUUUGAUGUACAACUGGUCAUAAGAAGUAUGCUUGAAUGAUCUAUUAGUUGAAAAGUUAGAAGAGUGAAAAUGUGUACUCAAUUUUCUUAGACUGUGUCUGUGAUUUUUCUGAACUCUGCGUGAAUGAGCUGCACAAGUCUUUGUGAGUAAGGCAGCUUUUGGAAGUGAAAUGAGUUAGAAUGGAAUGCAUGACAAAUUAUGACCACGUAGGUGUGAAUCAUAGUCAUACCGAACAAUUUGAAUUGUCCUCCCUCAAGAACAAUCUUGAAACAUGACUACACAGGGGCAGAGGUAUUGGGUGGAUGAGCGGGGCUCUUGCCUCUGAGCACAGGUCCUUCCCGUAUUGUCCGUGGGGGCCCUUUAGUGACCUUGACAGGCCGUAUGGGGGUCCCUAUCGGUGCUUUGCCCUGGGGCCUUGUGUGUAUUUGUUCUGCCACUGUGAACACAUACCCAAACAGUACAAAAUUGGUCAUUGUUUCGUAUAAUGUUUAAAUCUAGAACUUUGUAUCUAAGUGAACCUGUUGCCCAUGCAAUAUACAGUACAUGACGUGAAUAAUUAAUGUAUUGGAUGUAAUCCCAUUGAAGUAGCUGUUUUAUAGCUAUGGAGUGUGUAAUUGAGGGCUUUUAAAUGCACUGAUUUCUGUCCCAGUUUAUCUAGGAAAAACAAUUGUCUGACUGUGAUAGCAACUUAAUUGUUAAAAACAAUUUAUGUAACGUCAUGUUUUUGUAAAUAAACUUUUCCUUUAAAGCCUUGCCAAAAUAUAUGUCCAGAUAAUCUUUGUUAAAAGCAAACUCAUUCGCAAGAUUAUUUAGGAAUUCAUAUAAUAAAUGUGGUCGAUUUGGCAGAAAUAUG